AAAACCCACAAUCCCGUGCCAAGAGAGAAGUCAACUUUUCUUCCCCUAUUUCCCUGCAUUUCUCCUCUGUGCUCACUGCCACACACAGCUCAACCUGGACUGCCCAGUCAGGUGUCAUGUGCGUCUCUGCUGAUCUGAUUCGGCCUGCAGCAUGGACCCGUGUCUUCCCUGAAGCAUCUCCAGGGCUGAAGAGAUGACUGCCAUGCACUGGGGGCUCAUCCAUCCGCAGAGCAGAGCAGUGAGAGGAGAUGCCAUGACCCCCAUCCUCACGCUCCUGAUCUGUCUCGGUGAGAUUUGAAGAGGGAGGGGAGAUUCUAACCUAGGAGGGGCCUCACCCCACAGCCAAAUGCUGGUGCAUAAGGAGACCCCAGGGGCUCACAAAGAUCCCAGGGAGGGGAGGACCUGCUCAGGCUUCAGGGGCAAAUCUCUCACAGGGAACUCUCUUCCAGGGCUGAGUCUGGGCCUCAGGACCCACGUGCAGGCAGGGACGCUUCCCAAGCCCACUCUCUGGGCUGAGCCAGGGUCUGUGAUCAGCGAGGGGAGUCCUGUGACCCUCAGGUGUCAGGGGAGCCUUCAGGUUCAGGACUACCGUCUACAAAGGGAAAAAAAAACAGCAUCCUGGGUUAGACGGAUACAACAAGAACUUGUCAAGAAGGGCUAUUUCGCCAUUGCAUCCAUCACCUGGGAACACGCAGGGCGGUAUCGCUGUCAGUAUUACAGCCACAGUUGGUGGUCAGAGCUCAGUGACCCCCUGGAGCUGGUGGUGACAGGAGCCUACAGCAAACCCACCCUCUCAGCCCUGCCCAGCCCUGUGGUGGCCUCAGGAUGGAAUGCGACUCUCCAGUGUGGCUCACGGGUGGCAUUUGAUAACUUCGUUCUGUGUAAGAAAGGAGAAGAUGAACACCCACAAUGCCUGAACUCCCACUUCCAUCCCCGUGGCUGGUCCUGGGCCGUCUUCUCCGUGGUCCCUGUGAGCCCGAGUCGCAGGUGGUCGUAUCAGUGCUAUGGUUAUAUCUCGAGCGCUCCCUAUGUGUGGUCUUUACCCAGUGAUCUCCUGGAGCUCCUGGUCCCAGGUGUUUCUAAGAAGCCGUCACUGUCAGUGCAGCCGGGUCCUGUCGUGGCCCCUGGGGAGAGUCUGACCCUCCAGUGUGGCUCUGAUGCCGGCUAUGACAGAUUCGCUCUGUAUAAGGAGGGGGCAUGUGACUUCCUCCAGCGCCCUGGCCGGCAGCCCCAGGCUGGGCUCUCCCAGGUCAACUUCCCCGUGGGCCCUGUGAGCCACUCCCACGGGGGCCAGUACAGAUGCUACGGUGCACACAACCUCUCCUCCGAGUGGUCGGCCCCCAGUGACCCCCUGGACAUCCUGAUCUCAGGACAGAUCCCCGACAGACCCUUCCUCUCGGUGCAGCCGGGCCCCACAGUGGCCUCAGGAGAGAACGUGACCCUGCUGUGUCAGUCACAGGGAUGGAUGCACACUUUCCUUCUGACCAAGGAGGGAGCAGCUGAUCCCUUCCUGAGUCUGAGAUCAAAGUACCAAUCUCAUAAGUACCAGGCUGAAUUUCCCAUGGGUCCUGUGACCUCAGCCCAUGCGGGGACCUACAGGUGCUACGGCUCACGCAGCUCCAACCCCCACCUGCUGACUCACCCCAGUGAGCCCCUGAAGCUCGUGGUCUCAGGAGCAGCUGAGACCUUCAGCCCACCACAAACCAAGUCCGACUCCAAGGCCGGUGAGUGAGGAGAUGCUCGCGGUGAAGACGCUGGGCACAGAGGGUCAGGUCCUGUCAAGGGAACUGGGUGUCCUGGCUGGACAUUUUAAAAAAUUACAUUCAUUCUAAUUUAAAGAAUUCUUCACCACCUUUAACAAUUUAUAAGUGAAGUAUUCCUUCCUUUACAUGUUUUAAAGAAGAGACAACUCUCCAUGAGAAAGCUACUGCUUUGAGUAUAUUCAUUGUAAUUCAUGCUAACUCACUACCAAAGUGCCCUGUGCUAAUUGCUUCUCAACGGAUCUCCUCUAAUUGACUAAUGCAAUGUGUGUAAACCAUAAGACAAUGGGAAAUUUUACUUCUUCAUUUCUAAAUUAUGUGCCAACACUUCUCACUUUAAAUGUCAACAUGUAUGUAACGACAUCUUAAAUAUAUAGCUGAAGUUUUACAUAU